AUGUCUGAGCUCGAACUAGCACAAUGGUAUCAUGAAUUUUAUUCAACUACAACAUUAGAAAUCAAGACUAUAGAGUUAAAUCAGCAACCUUCAGAUGAUAAUAGAAUUAAUAAUCCAUUAAUUGCAAAAACUAAAGAAGAACGAAUUACUAUUAAUAAAGAAAACAAACAAGAAAAUUCAUUAAAAACUUUAUGUUUAGGAUGUAAUGUAUCACUUGUAAAUCAGUUAAAAAAACAAAAAG